UCUGAGCAGGAUUAGGGUUCUUAAUGGAGUUUGAAGAUCAUCAUCCCCAAAACCCAGAACCAGAAGAAACCCACGAUGCCCUUUCGCCAGACUUCGAAAGUUCACGCCCACCCAAAAUCAACCACCACUCCAUAAAUCCCGGCGCAAGGUACCGUGAAUGCCUCAAAAACCACGCCGUCGGAAUCGGUGGCCACGCCGUCGACGGUUGCCGCGAAUUCCUCCCUGCUGGAGCCGACGGCACUCUAGAUUCCCUCUUAUGCGCCGCCUGUAACUGUCACCGCAACUUCCACCGCAAGGAAUUAUCCACCGUCGGUGAGCCUCUCGCAUUUGCUUACAGGACGCCGACUGGGUACCUGCACGUUCAUCGACCGCCGCCGCCGCCGCUUCAACUGGCGCUGCCGUCAACUUCUUGUUAUUUUAGGGAUGAGAUGGAUGAAGAGAUGGGGAAUGGAGGAGGAGGAUCGUUGAAGAAGAGAUUCAGGACGAAAUUCACGGCGGAGCAUAAAGAUAAGAUGUUGGCUUUGGCGGAAAGGAUGGAAUGGAGAAUCCAGAGACAUGAUGAAGAAGCGGUGCAGCAGUUAUAUGAAGAAACUGGUAUCAAAAGACAUGUCUUUAAGGUUUGGAUGCAUAAUAACAAGAACACAGUCGGUAAGAAACCCUAAAUUUAUAUAUUUUUAUGUAUUUCUUCUUCUUCUUGUAGUUUUUUUUUUAUGUUAAGACUGGUUUUGAACGAUAUUAGAGAAGAAUUGUCUUGUUGGGAACAUGA